AAUCUACAGGAUAAAUGUAUAUACAAUUACCUAUAUAAAAGUAGACAAAAGAAACUGACAAUGAUGCGUGAAAAAAUACGGACCAUGAGUUAUGUUAUAGAAACUUUGCAUGUUGUUGGUUUAGCAUGAUUCAAUAGAGUGCACCCUUUGAAUUGCUCCCUUGGUGUUCACCACUCUCGCCCGGCAUGGAUACUAAACCCCUACAGUUUGUACAACCUGUUAUACAAGUAGACAAGAAAGGAAGAAGACGUUACAUCAGUAGGUCAGGGUCUGAUUCAUUGAAUUAUGGGUAUCCAGGAAGUUACAGUAACUACACAUACACUCUCCCUAGCAACGGAUAUGGAGUUCCUAGUCUAAGUGUUUAUGGAAGCGGGCUUCCCUCAUACGACGUUAUGUCAAAAUAUACCAGCAAAAGUUAUGAUACACAGAAAAAUUACGAUACGCCAAAAAGUUAUGAUUCUUCCAUUGGUUCUUAUGGUUAUGUUUCAAGAUCACAUGGUUUAGGGGAUAGUUCUCGAUAUGGAGGAGCUACAGGGAGCAGUUAUUUAGGUACCAGUUAUGAUAAGCCGUCUGGUACCCAUACUGGUUCAACAUAUGAUGGAAGAAGUUUUGGUACAGAUGAAAAUAUAAAGAUUCCACAUAGAAACACAGGUUAUGACAGGUACAGAGAAACAGCAUAUAGACCAGAAUUACCAUACGACCAUCAUCCAUUAUAUACAUCUUCUAAAUUAGAGGAUUUUGUUACAGAACCUAGUACACGUCCAAGUUGGAGGGAUGCGUACAAUGAAAAAUACAGGAAAUAUAGUGACCGUUCAGAUGACAAUCAGGAAAUCCACCGUCCAUAUCAGAUUAAAAAUGGAAAUUCGGAACACCGGGAGGAACAUGUGUGGAGUGAUUUAGAGGAGCCUUCGUCUUCUAGUUAUUAUAGUCGAUAUCGGGAGAGACAUAAAAAGGACAAAGAAAGACUAGGAAGCGAUUCUUCAGAAGGUCAAAGAUCGGAAUUGACACCCAGUGAAAAAUUAGCAAUAAUUCGUCAAAGGAUUCGUAAGCAUGAUACUGAUGAUGUUUCACAUAAGCAUGAGGACGACGACCUUGAAAGACCUUCGUCUGUUUUGUCUCAGGAAUCUACCCCAAGGUCUCUUCUGUCUCCUGUUAGUAAAACCUUUGAUGAACAUCCAGAAAACAUUCCAAAAUGGCGACAAAGACAAGCUCUGGAAGAUUUAACUCAUUUAGAUAGAAAUACAAUUACCCAAUCAAAAUUUAAGGAGCGUUUAAAAAGUGAUUCACUUCAGAGUGAAACAACCAAAAGUGAAAAACAACACAAACAAGGUGAUAUUUUAUCUUCUGAAAUUCAACCCAAUAGUGCGCUUUCAGAAUGGAGAAGACGUAAGCAGGAUUGGGAACAAAAUGCCUCGAAAGAAAGUCGCCAAAAAUUAGAAACAACUAAACAGGAAAAUAAAUUGGAUACUGAAAUAAAAGUCCCUCGUCCUACACGGCAUGAAUAUGAUUUAAGAAGUAGAGCUCAAUACAGUACUCAAAGCCAGGAAACAACUGAACAGGGAUACAGUACUACUGAUCAGUCUAAAGACUCAAAACCUCAGGCAGAACAUCAUGGAGCAGAUGUAUUUACUCAUAUCAGUGACUUACGUUCAAAGGCAGACGCAGUUAAAAAUAUUUUACGUCAAAGAGACAGCCCAGCUUUAAGAUCAAAGUACAACGAAGUGUGUAGAAGGAGGGACUUAUCAAAAGACUCGAGUAAGGAUGAUGGGAGUGAAACGUCUUCUGUUGAUUUAGGGUCUCGUCCAGUCUCGUCAGAUUUUAGUGAUUCUUCACGACCUUCGUCUUUCAUUUUUGGAACAGAGUUUGUUUCUCACAAAGAAAGUUCAGAUGUUCAUAAAGGAUCUAUUGACAAACAAGCACCUGGAAGACCAAGAUCAAAUGUACAACAAUUGAAAGAAUCGGUUCAAAUGAGUGAUGACUCUGGUUUUAUUGAUUCAGUCAAAGAUAUUCCGAAAGUAAAAAGUAGUCUGAAAAAAAAAGAGAUAGAAACACCUCAGGCAUUUCAUGAAAAGUUACGAUCACGACGUGAUGUAAAUGAAAGUGGGACAAGGGAAGAUAGAAUUCAAUCUUUAUUGUUUGGAAAACAGGAUGGUCAAUCAAAUAUCAAGAAAGAUAGUACAGAAAAAAUUGUAUCAAAAACUAGAACCUUUUCAAAACCUUUGGAUGAUGGUAAAAAAGAAACAACAGAUAAACAUGAGUCAAAAUUUUUACAUUUGUCUACUAAAGAAAAAAUUUCAGUACAUACAGAGAAGGUUGAUCAUUCAUUUAAAUCAAAAACAGUAGUAGGGCGAACGAAAUCGGAAACUGUAGAAGGUCGACCAAAAUCAGAAACUGUAGGAGGGCGGCCAAAAUCUGAAACUGUAGAAAGUCGUCCAAAAUCAGUUACUGACAGUGAUACUGUAAGAGGGCGGCCAAAAUCAGUUACGGACAGUGAUUUGGUCAAGAAAUUUUCCAAAGCAAUAGAGGAUAGACCUAAAUCAGCAGUAUUUGGUCAAAUGGCUACUGAUACUCCUGAAAGUCAUAAGAUUACAUCUGGGAACACCAAAUCAUCAACCUCAUUAAAUAGGUCAUUUGACUCCACUCAAUUAAAAUCAAAAGACAAAACAGAAGAAGAGAAAUCUGUAGGUACAACAAUAUCUGAACAAAUGAAAACUGAAGAGAAAUCUGUAGGUUCAACAAUAUCUCAACAAAGGAAAAGGUUACAAGGGAUAUACAAGAAGGCUCAAACAACAGACAUUGCAUCUAUUUUAUCUCGUGACGAUGAUUCUGAGUCUGAUGAAAUCUCCACAGCAUCAAGUGUAGCCGAGAGUGAGAAAGCUUCAACUCCAAUCUCUUUUGCCGAACUUUCGAAAUUGUCGCGAGUUGAAAGGAUUGCUAAGUAUAAGGAAGAAAGAAGAAAACAGCUGGCUUAUAUUGCAAAUAGGAUAGUAGAUAAAGAUAAGGGGAAGUCUGAUGUUGUUCCGUCUUUGUUUUUGUCGGCUCGUUCGUACGAUGAUGAGAAAGGAUUAGUAACACGUUCUCACAGUGUUAAGUUAGAUUCUCCUCAAAAGUCUAUUACCCCUGUCAUAAGAUCUAAAAGUUUACAUGAAAAAACCGACAGUCCAAGAACAAAAACAGUAACUGAAACUGAAAGGUCACAAAGUAGCACACCAAAAGAGGAAGUGAAAUCACCUCGUGAAAAAUAUUACGAAAAGUUGUCUAAAAGAGAUCACAAACUUUCUGUCGGUGAUAGUGACGAAGAUGAAACAAUAGAACAGAUCAAUGCAAGGACUAGAGAAGCACUUUCAUCAAUGAUGAAAAGGGAUAUGAAAAAGAGUACUGAUGAUCUAGGUCGCAAAAGGAAAGAUGAAACGUCAGAGGUCAAGAAAAAAGAGGUGACCUCUGAAGUUCAAACACAAAGUGAGGAUCAGGAAAAUAAAAAGGGAAAAUAUAUGUUUUCAAUGGAAAAAAUGAGAAAAAAAUUUUUGUUUGGAGAAGAAACUGAUCAGUCAACAGAAAAUGAUCAAAAAUCUAUAAAAACAGAGGAUGAUAGUGCAUUAGAUAAACCACUGAAAAAGAGGCGACAGUUGCCCUCCAUACCAAAGGCAUUAGGCGAAACUACUCGUCCUAAAUCCAGCAUCGAACUGUCAUCUCAUGAUACAAUAUCAAAGAAAGACGUUCAGAAAAUAUUUAAUGAGUCAAAGGAAAAAUCUGAUACUAAAUCUGAAGAAAAACAUCAAGGCCGACGUAAUCGACAGGUGUAUUCUGAAGACGAUGUUAAGAAUUUAUUACUGGAGGAGUCAAGUGUUUUAGAGAGAAAGGGAGAUUUUGUGUCGUUUAAGUUAAAUCAAAAGGAGGGUGAGAAAAAAGGGAAAAUGGACGUUGAUAAUUUGAAGUCCGACAAGAAACAGAAAUCGCUGAGUACAUCUGCUGUAAAAAAUACAAAACAAAGUGAAACUAAAAUUCCAUCACCGAAACAUGUUCGUAAACGUUAUCAACGGUCUUCUCCUGUAGCGAUUGUACCAACAACUACAACAAGUGCUCAAGUGACAAGUGCUUCAAAAACUAUAAGUACAAUUAGUGCUCCAAAAACAAGUAGCACAAACAGUGCUCCUAAAACAAGAACCACAACCAAUGCUACUAAAACAAUUAGUACAAUGAGUGCCCCAAAAAUGAGUAGCACAACCAGUUCUCCAAAAACAAUUAGCACAACCAUUUCUCCAAAAACAAUUAGCACAACAAGUGCUUCAAAAAUAAUUAGCACAAGCAGUGCUCCAAAAACAAUUAGCACAACCAGUGCUCCAAAAACAAUUAGCACAACCAGUGCUCCAAAAACAACUAUCAUGACUAGCUCCCAAAAGAGUACAAUGAAAACAAGCACAACAUCAAAACCAACAAGUGUCUCUAAUGUAGGUAGUACAGCUACUACACCAAUAGUGUCAAAAGUAACAGGUGCCCCAAAAUCUGUUGGAUCAACAAAUGUACUUAAUCCUUCAACAGCAGCAAGUGUUUCAAAAUCUGUAACAUCUACAUAUGUAUCUAAAACUGCCGAAAAUAGUAUGAACAAAUCUGACAACGUAUCAAAACCAGCUGUACUGUCAAGUGUGCCAAACACUACCACAACGCAUAAGGCUCCAAAAAUAUCUGUCUCGGAUAGUAGAACUGUUACAACCAGUGCUUCAAAAUCUUCUGUGACAAGUGUUGCAAAAACUGUUAAUACCAGUGCUCACAAAGGGGAGACAAGUCUUCCAAAAACCACAAGUGCUCUAAAGACAAUUUCUUCAACUGACAGUUCACAAAAAAAUAUUAUUUCUUCAACAGAUCUUCCGAAAACUACUCUCACAUCUAAUGUUCCUAAAACUAUAACUCCAGUGACAAGUCUUCCAAAGAGCAGUACUGCAAGUCUUCCAAAAACCACCAGUGCAACAAGUGCUCAGAAAACAGAAGUGAAAAGCAUUGACACGGUCACUAGCAAAACGAAACUGACCACUUCUGGCUCAAUUGGAGGAAAGAUAGAAAGUAAACAUACUAGUGCUAUCAACAUGGAAGUCAAAGAUGACUCUAAACCAGGAGUAGUAAGUUCUAAACUGGACAGUACAAAAACUCCAACAUCAACCUUUGUGGCUAAAACACAAUCAUCUUUCACAUUGCCAAGUACUGCAGCAAUAUCUGUUUCCACGACAACAGAUUCAUUAAAGUCAUCAGUUUCUAUGGCAACAUCAAAAGUUUCAAGUAGAAGUAUAAUACCUGAAAGUCCAUUGUCAUCAACUGUUAUCUCGUCAGUUUCUUCUAUAAAAGUUUCAGACAAAGUUUCAGUUCCUCAAACAUCAGUAAGUGUUCCAUGUUCAACAAUGAAAACUUUAGCUAGUGAUAGCAUGGUCACAUCAAUGGAAUCAGCAAUAGUUUCAUCUUCUGCAAAAACUCUUGUAGAUUCAGUACCUAUAUCAGAACAUUCAGUUGAAAAUGCAAAGGUCAAUAGUUCCAAGGUUAAUGAAAGUUCAUCUUCAUCGCUUGUUGAUGCAUUCAUAGCUUCAAAAUCACAAAGUGUAACUGUGCAGUCUGCUAGUAUUAAAAGUAUAGCUUUUCCUACGACCUCUAGUGUUAAACAAACUGUCUCGUCGCCAAGUACCUCUGUAAUCACUACUGCAACAAGUUCUAAUGUUUCUUCAGUUAAAAAUACAGCUGAGGCUGAUUCAAAAUCUAGUCUAAAACCUGCAAAACAAGUUUCAAGAAGCAAAUCGUUAACUGACAAUGAUAGUCCUCUACAAAGUCCGCGAAGUCCAGGAUAUUCACCGAGGUUUAAAACUGUUGGUGUUUUAGCCGAUGCACCAGAUUUAGAUGAUAUUUUGAUGGAAAACGUGGAAUAUUUGUCCGAUGUUGAAAUCUGUAGUAAGGAACAGUUACAACAACACCAGGCAAGUCCUGUUGCUCAAGCUCUACAGGCUGAUCAUCAUAAAUCAAAGAGAUCGCUACGUAAAAAAGUUCUUCAGAGGAGCAAGUCUGAUGCAGAUAAACACCACAGGGAAAGAGAAGGUUCUUCACCUGAAAAAUCUGUUGCUAUGACAACAGCGGACUCAUUAGGAAGUUCAGUUGAUCAGACAACAUUUGUCAAAGCAACAGAAACCAAGACAGAAGAUUUCCAAGUAUUAACAGCUGGACCAGACCAGUCUACUGUUACCAUGGUUUCAGGUCAUUCUCCAGACAAACAGGAAGUGAAGACUACUUCAAAACCAAAUUUAUCUAAAUCUUCCACUUCUUCAUUUACAUCAUCUGUAGAUCUUGAAAUAUUUCCUAAAGAAGCAGAAAAGUUGUCUGUUCAGACGGCUGUUAGUGUUGAAAAUGAAAGAGACAGUUUAAAGGUUGCUACAGACAGUUUCGAUGAAGUGACCUCGUCAGAAGAUGGGAAAGAACCAAGGUCAGAAUCAGAAAGACGGAAAAGGAAAGAUAAAAGUUCACAAAGAAAAUCUACACUCAAUAAACGUGAAGGUUUAUCAGGGGGAGAUAAGCCAUCAUCAUUAUCGUCAGAAUCAUCGGAUCUUGUUUCAUCUAAAUCACAAGUAACAAAUUCUACAAGUCACCAUUCUCAUUCCUCCUCACAGCAUGGUACUAAUCAUACUGACAAUUCCCAGCAUGCAUCAGGAAAAUCUAUUUUAGAUCAUUUACUGCCAUCUAAGUUUUCAUUUCCAUCGAAGGUUUCCUCAGCAAUUUCAAAAUUCUCACACGAAAAUGAGGCAGAAAGAAAAGUUGAGGAAUCAGCCAAAGCACCUCCAAAAAUCACUCGUAAAAACAAUUUCUCAUCUCUCUUACAACGAUUUUCUAGUCCAGAACCUGCAGAUGAUCUGUCGUCACGUAAACAGCUUGGCCUGCGACGUCAAGAUGCAUUAAGUAGUGGAAGUAGUGACGAAUCCCGUAGAAGUACACCAGAGAGGUCACAGAGUUUACGUGUAAAACGUACACCACCACCAGAUGAUAUAGAGACAAUCAAAGGAGUUCAACGAUCUGGUAGCUUUAAAUCAAAUUUUAUGCGAAGACAACACAGUCCAGAUCCAGUUGAACGUAGAACUUUACCUAACAUUCCAGAUAAAGUUGACACUGAGCAUGUGCAAUCAGAGGACAUUACUGAAGAAGACGACAUGAAAUCAAGCAGAAUUUAUCUCUGUUCAUCUAGCGAUAAACCAACAGAAGAAUUGGCAGAAAUAUUAAAACAACGAAAAAAACAUGUGAAAACUCAACAGAAAGACGGGGAAAAAGAGGAAAGGGAGAGAAUUACUAGUAAGAAAAUUGAAAAAGCAGAAAACCUGGCUCCCGCAGCAGACGUUGAAGAAGUUAUAGAAAAUACUGAAGUUUUGUCAAUUUUAAAAGCAAGAAGACAAGAAACUGAUUCUCGUACUGUAAAUGGUGUUGAAAAGCCAGCGCCAUCUGUGUCAGAAGAAUGUUUAAUUGUUCAGCCAUCGGAAACUAUUGCUGAAGUCUCAUCUGUAUCUCAGGAAUCUGAAGUUAAAAUUGUUCCACGUAUCCCAAGAAAAUCGUCUCGGGAUCUUACAAAAUCACAAGUUGCCUCAUCCAACAUGGCCCCCUCAGUUUCAAAUGAAACUCAGUCUCAUAAAAAUGGCAUUAGUGAAGUGAAACCUGAAUUGUCAGACAUUGACACAAGUCUAGCUGUUCUUGAUAUGGUGUCUCAGGAUAUAGGUGGCGCUAAAACUUCAAUCAGACGUUUAUCUUCGGAUGAAUUAGGAAACAUGAAGUGUGCUUUAUCUAAAGUUGAUGUGGAAUCUCCACAACAAGUGACCUCAUUCAUUAAGGAUGUACGGAGAACUUCGCAUGGUAAAAUUGAUUCCGAAACCAUUAAAACUUCUGAAAAAGAAGUUCGGGAUAAAAAGAUGGUCGAGCAAAAAGUAGAAACAAAAAGUAGUGUUAUGCAUCAAAAAGUGGAAGAACUCCGUAAGUCUCCUGAAAGGAAAAGUCAUAUAUCUCCAAGCUUGUUGGAAAAAGUGAAAGCUACUGAAGCUAAAUUAGCAAGUUUAGGUACAACAAGUUUAAAACGUUCAGAAUCGUAUGGUUCUAAAGAUGAAAGAUUUAAACCUAGAGGAAUACUCAAACGUGCCGAAUCUAUGAAAAAAGCUGGCGUGGUUGUCGAUCCGGAACUAGCUACAAUUUUGCAGAGGAGACGAUCACGUCACGAGGAUGAUUCACCAGAAAUUGAAAAGGGAUCUAAAAUGACUCUCUCUGCUAAGGAUGAUAUUCAAGAAAGUUUAAGACGAGAACAAGAGCAGCGUAAGAGCAUUUCUCACGACGAUGAUGACGAUCAGGAUGUACAGAUGCCUUCCAUUACAGAGAGAAUAUUUCAUAUGGCAACAAAGUUAGAGGAAACAAGGUCAUGUCCAAUAACACCAAAGUCACGAUCAGGGGCAACAACUCCUAAACUUUCUGCAUUUUAUAGAUCAAGUAGUUCUACAUCUCAGUCUUUUGAUCAGGAUGAGGCUUCAUCUUUAACUGGAAACAAUUUGCUACAAAAACUGAAUACAUUGGCAGAGCAGAGAUCAACCUCAGUACAAGACAAACGUAAAAGUUUUCAGAAACGUCCGAGAGAUGAUUGGAGAACUAGGACACAGCCUGUUACCAUCGAGGAAUUAGAGGAGGCAGGAAACCUUGCCACUGUCCAAGCUUUCCGAGCAGAAGUUUUAAGAAAAGCUUCAUCAAAUGUGUUUGAGCAAUUCAGUAAACAAGAUAAACAAAUAGUAUACAGGAAAACUGAAUAUCCACAGCACCUACCAAGGAAGAGACGAGGUCGCAGUUACCGUCAUAAGACAUUACCUGUUACCGCAGCAGAACUUGGCUCUGUGCCAGAAUCUGAAGAGAUUAGAUUGAUGUCCAACAGAUUAAAGUCUCGUCACAGCGGAAUGAGGGACUCAAAAGCCGAUUCUGGAAUCUUGUCGGGGUCAGAUUUAGAAGGUUACGAUUCUGCCAGAUCCGACAGUUCACGAAGUUUAAGUUUGGAGGCAGAAUUAAUGGAGGAUGAUCCGGCUCGUCUCAGUGUUUCAGCAAAGGCAUCCAUGUUUAAAAAUAUCCUGGAAGAUAAACCAAAGAAAUGUGCUAGUGGAGCGAAGCGUUAUAUCGACAGGAAGAAGAGAGAAAGGUCAAGGACACUUCCAGUAACAGAUGAUGAGGUUCAUUCUGCAGCAGAAAUCGCAGAUGGUGAUGGGGAAAUCACUGAGGCAGAAAGAAAAGCUGUCGAGGUUGACGAAAAUGAAGGAAUUCACGAUGAAAAAUCAAAUUCACCACAAUCGGAAAAACGGAGUUUAGCGGAGAAGGUUCAGCUCUUCCAGAACUUGAAAAAAGAAGAAAAACCUGCAGAAAAGUCCAAAGUUCCACCACCAAUCGCAAGGCGGAAAAACAGGAAGUUAGCUUCACGCUUCAGUACACAGCCUGUAACAUUUGAGGAAGUUGAAAAAGCAGCUAAAAUUUCACCAUUGGCCAUGAGUCUGGCCAAACCGCCUGACCCAGAAAUCUUAAAAGGUCUGUCUCUGAGUGCACAGCGUGAGGUCAUGGCAAAACAUGCUGAAGCCUCACUUUCACAACCAGGUUCAAGGUCAUCAUCAAGACAUGGGUCAAUGGGUGAUUUGUCUGAAGACUCAAAGAAAAAUUCAGGUAUUUUAAAGUCUGCUGAAAAGGUGACAGAAACAUUGGUGGGUCAUAGUAUUUUAAAAGACAAACAAGCUAAAACUCCUGAACCAGACGUAAAAAGUAUUCUUAAACAUGAUCAUCCUCAUGUUGCUGACACAGAACACCAUAGUAUCUUAAAACACACAGAAGAUGUGUCUUCUAAUGAAACAAAACAUACAGAACAAAGGAGCAUUCUUAAACAUGAAGAGGAAGUCAGGUCAAAAGAUGACGAUAAAAAAUCGGUCAAACCAAUCUUAAAACAUGAUGACGAAAAAUUACAAGACACAGACAAAAAAUCGAAGAAACCAAUUCUAAAACAUGAGGAUGAAGAGAAGAGACAUCGUCAUGGCAGCGGAGAGUCUGUUAAAGCAAUUCUACGUAAAAGUGAAAACACAGAAAGAAAACAUAAAAGUGAAGAGGUUAAACCAAUAUUAAAACAUCUUGAUGCAUUAGAUGAUCCCGUGAAAUCUAAAGACUUCGACAAGAAACGGAAAUCAAUUGAAGAGGACUUGCAUUUAACACCUAUACUUAAACACACGGAAACCGUGGAAAAAAGUGGGGAUGUAAGGGGCAUGUUAAAGAAAGAUAAAUCUCUAGAGUGUAGUUCUGAGCCUAAAGGUAUCUUAAAAAAGGAAAGUAGUUUUGAAACAAAAGUCAAUGAGCCAGAGAAAAGCUCAAUGAAAAAAUCCCCUUCAAGGGAGGUAAAAGAGGAGAAACUUCAUAGCAUUUUACAUAAAAAUUCUGAGGAGGAGGAUGUUCAGGUCGAUGUUGAGGUGUCUGUUAAAGAAACGGUACAAUCACAUUCAGAGGUCGUAGAGGAAGUAGAAAAUGUAGCACAGAAAAGACGAGGAAGGGAUCCUGCUGAGAAAGACAGAUACUUGACUCAGCCUGCUGAUGCCACACCAGAAAAAUCUCCAGAGACACCUAGAAAAUUCAAAUAUACUGGGCGACAUAAAACUCAGCCUAUUACACCAGAAGAGAAACGAGAUGCUGAAAUUGAUUCGGAUGUCUCAAGGAGCGGUAGUCUACAGGACAGGCUCAAUCUUCUGAAGCAAAGUGGAGAAGAAGAAUGGAAGAAAAGGGUACAAAAGCCUUCAGAUAUAGAACAGUCACCUAUGGAGAUUAAAUUACGGGAGAAAGUAGGUGCUACGAUGGCACGUCCAUCUAGUAUUGCUGAUCGUCUCAAUCUCCUUAGCACAGCUCAAGUUGGAUGGAAAGGAAGAGUUGAAGAGACAGACGCUAAGACUUUCACAGUUGCUCAUAAAUUGGCUGGUCAGGUAGAGGACAGUCCUUUGAUGAGGAAGUUGAAAGGUCGUACCAAGAAAGAAUCUGAGUCCGAGUCUGGAUCCGAGUUAUCUUCUCCUAGUACCCCAUCCCAGAAAGAAUGGCCAAAAAUUCCUAUCCCUCAAACCUUGAUUGUUGAUCCCACAGCUAUAAUCACACCCAAGGAAUCGUCGCCACCUCCUGAGAAGGAUAUAGAAGAUGAAGAACCAAAGGGGCCAGUAAGAGUUACUGUUCCUGAUAAUAACGAUGAAUCCAUAAGAUCUUUCUUCCACAGCCGAAAAGUAACAGAAUUAUCCACACAGAAAGUGGAUGUAUCCAUCGAUGAUUUUAAUGAACUAUUUAUAUUAGCCAAUGAUAUGCUUCCGUCCAUUCAGAGAAUCCGUCCUAAGAGGAAACACCAAGGAAGUUUAAAGAAUCCUCUCAGGUCCAUCCAUACUACCAUUGAGAUUAAAACUGAGUAUGAAGAGGUCAGCACUGGAUUAGCAGAAAAAGAGAUUAAACGAAUUAAAACAGAAAAAAUAUCUAAAGGGGCAGGUUUUGCCCAGGCAGCUUUAGCUGGACUUGCUAGUACGGAAGAUUUUGCCAGCGUCAACUUGCGCAGAACAGAUUCCAUGAAAGGCCUGAAUUCCAUUGAUCCAUACAAGGACCUGAUGCUCCUUCAUGUUAAAGGUCGUAGACGUACACAAGUCCGACUUGUAGAACCUGUGGCAAGUUCUGUUAAUAGUGGGGAUUGCUAUGUUCUGGUCACACCUGACAAAAUCAUCCAAUGGAUUGGAGAGUACGCCAAUGUCAUAGAAAAGGCCAAAGCCGCAGACGUAGCAUCGUUCAUUCAACAGAAGAAAGACCUCGGUUGUAAAGCACCAACCAUUGUAGCCGUUGUUGAGGAGAAGAAACAGUUCAUGGGAGCAGGGAAACAUUUCUGGUCAGCUCUAGGUGGGCAGGGAACAGUUGGGUCAGCUGGACCUCAAGAGGAAGAUGAGCUUUAUGAAAAUCACAUCGUAGAAACAAACAUGAUUUACCGUCUAGAAGAGAAUGCUCUGGUUCCCUAUAGAGAUUUCUGGGGGAGUGUACCAAAAAUAGAAAUGCUCAAAAAGGAUGAGGUGAUUAUAUUUGACUUUGGAAGUGAGCUGUACGUUUGGCAGGGGAAGGCUGUUAAACCGGACCAGAGAAAGCUUGGUGUCAAGUUGGGGAGGAAGUUGUGGGAGAAUGGUUACGAUUACAGAGCUGCACUGAUUAAUCCUCUCUGUCCACUCAGAACGGAAGAAUGUGGUGGUUUAACCAUGGAGGGUACAAAGCGACCAGACUGGGCAUUAUUUGGUAAAGUCAACCAAAAUAUGGAAACCAUCCUGUUUAGAGAGAAGUUUGCUGAUUGGCCAGACAAUUCAAGGUUAAUCAAGGUUAAAGGUCCAGAUGAUAUGUCAGGAAGUAAGAUGGACUUAGCUGACUUGAAGCCAUUUGAUGCUAACUUAAUGUUAAGACUGAACACUAAGCCUGUGACCUUAGUUCUAGAGGGUUCAAAUGUUGGCAGAGGAAGAGAAUGGGAUGAGGACAUGGAUGGAUUUAUCAGGAAACAGAGUAUUGUUACAUUAGGGGUCAAAGUUUGGCACGUGUUGGAGUACGACCAUUUUGAAUUAGAAGAAACAAGUUACGGACAAUUCCAUGAUGGUGAUACCUACGUUGUAAGGUGGCAAUAUAUGAUUACCAACAAAGAAUCUAAGGACUUGAAAGGUUCACAGUCCAGAAGAUCUCUGGUUGGUAGAGAGAGGUGUGCUUACUUCUUCUGGCAGGGAAAAAAUUCUACCAUCAAUGAAAAGGGGGCGUCGGCUCUUAUGACUGUGGAACUUGAUGAAGAAAGGGGACCUCAGAUUCGGGUUGAUGAAGGGAAGGAGAUACCAUGUUUCCUGAAUUUAUUUAACGGAGAAACAUUAAUACAUAUCGGUAAACGUGAGGAAGAAUCCACUAAUACUCAAGGACCGUGGAAAUGUUACUGUGUUAGAAACGUUUUAGAAGACGAGACAUGUUUGAUAGAAGUGUCGGCUGAUAUAUCAAGCUUGAGGAGUAGGGCUUCAUUUUUAUUGUUGAACAUUCACACGGGGAAAUUGUAUGUGUGGCACGGUUGUCAGUCUCCUAAACAUACACAGAACCUGGCGGUGACAGCAGCUAACAAACUCAAAAAUAGGUGUGCAUUAGAAGUAGGAUUGAACAAACAGGCUUCCAUAGCUAUGACAGAAAUAGAGGAAGGAAAAGAAUCAUUAGAUUUCUGGAGAGUUAUGAAUGUGACACGUAACGAUCGAUCAACUUACUCAUCACUGUUAACAGUAUCUAAAGAUUCUCAGUCAAUCAGAUUGUUUCACAUGACCAGUGUGUCGGGGACAUUCGAUGUUCAGGAAAUUCUUAAUCCCACUAGGGUACCAGAUCUAGUCAGUCCAUUCCCUGUUCUACAAUCAGAUAUAUACAGGACUUCUCAGCCAGAGUUGUUCAUGUUAGACAGUGGAGAUGUUGUGUAUCUGUGGCAUGGGUGGUGGCCGGAAGGAACGUCGGAAGUGGAGAACGUCCAGACAGGGUCAGCUCAGGCCAAGUAUAAUGUUGAUCGGCAAUGUGCAAUACAGACAGCAAUAGAAUAUUGUAAAGUUAAAUCACCAGAUAAUCCCUUAAAAUCGUAUGCUGUGUUUGCUGGACUGGAACCAUUAGAGUUUACUAAUCUGUUUCCUUACUGGGAGGUGAACAGAACAGCCAGGGAACUCAACCUCAAGGAUGGUAAAAAGGACAAUGAGUUAACUCCUUUAGAAGAAAUAUUAGAAAAGAUGAUGCAAACUCUUUAUACUUUUGAAGAGCUACAAGAACGCCCUCUACCAGAAGGAGUUGAUGCUUUACGUCUUGAAUCCUAUCUUGGAGAUGAUGAAUUUGAGGAGUUUCUACAGAUGACAAAAGAAGAAUUUUAUGCACUGCCUGCAUGGAAACAACAUGCAUUAAAAAAGGAUGUUGGACUCUUUUAAUGAGACUAGGACAUACAAGUAAAAAGUGGUAGAUGCUACCCAUGUCUUUCUCCAGUAAUUGUGAUAGUAGCUUUGUCCAGUUUUGUUUGAGAAGAUGACAACCAUACAACAACUUCGUUACUCAGGAAGUGUAAAGGGCAUUUAGAACAAAUCAGGUUGAAAAAGAAUGUAACUGGUCUAAGUCACUAAAAAGUUUGUAACAGACACUAGAUUCAUCAAUGUUUUUUAAGCAUUUAUGCGAAACAGAAUUGAAAACAUCUGUGUUACUCAGAAGUUUCAAAUAUAUUUUUGAAAAUGGUUGACAAAAUUAAAACAUACCAGUGAUUCUUAAAAAUAAAGGUCAUCACUUUACAUAUCUACAUUCUUAAGAAUGAUCCAAGGGCAUAGAGAAUAAUUAGUUAAACACGGUUUUGCCUUCUUAAGAAUGAUACAAAUACAAAGAGAAUAAAAAACAUCGUAAUGAUGUUCCCAUGAUGGUACAACUUAUACACAUGUUGAAUUUAUUGAUGAUAAAAAAGACUUUUACACAAUGACCCAGAAUGCAUCAUUUUGUAGUCUUGAUUCCUGUUGGAUGUUUAAGACAAUGACCCAGAAUGCAUCAUUUUGUGGUCUUUAUUCCCAUUGACGGUUUUAGAUGAUAGUGACUAAAAACAGUGAGGUGAACCUUUUUGUGUGCAAUAUUAGAUUAAGAUCAAGAAAAUCCUUCACAUUCAUCAAGUAUUUAUCAUAAACAAGCAUUGAGAUAGCCUAAAGUACUCUGCAUUUAUAUCAAUGUCAUACAACUUGUUACUGAGGCAUUUACAUUGAGUCAUGUGACUAAUUUACAUUGACAAUAAAGUCAUGUGACUAAUUUUCAUUGACAGUUAAGUCAUGUGACUAAUUUAUAUUGACAAUUAAGUCAUGUGACUCAUUUACAUUGACUGUUAUGUCAUGUGACUAAUUUACAUUGACAGUUAAGUCAUGUGACUAAUCUGUUUAAUUACAAACAGAAGAUUAUGUACUUCCAGUGUUUGAUCAAAAUCAGACAGAGUUUCCCUGUCAUGUGAUACAGAAGAAACGUCCCAUUGCUUUUCCCGUAGUCAUGUGAUACUUUUCCGAUGCUCAAAUCAUCAUGUAGUAAUAUAUAGUCUUCCAAACAAAGCAUUUUCAUUUUUUGGAAACUCAUUCAUUUCUAAACCAUGUAACUGACACAAACCAAAAUACAGUUAGACUUGUAGAAUUUGUUGAUAAUUUUGUAAUUUAUUUUUAAAAACAAAAUGCUUUCACUGGGGUUUAGGCAGUUAUUUGGAAAAUAAACAUAAAAUACAUGUUAAAUUUUGUUGACAGAUUUAUUCUUUAUAAAAAAAACAGGACAGCAAAAGUGAUAGUAACUUUUACCUGUAAUUAUUAAUAAAACUACUGUAAAAUUAUUGAUUUUUUUACAUUUGUCUUAUUUUAGCUAUUUUGUUUGUACAAGAAUGUCAGAAAUAGAACCAUUGGGAAAAAUACAUUUUCGUAUAAGGAUUUUCAUAGUAUUGUGAAACCAUGCUUAUAAAUACAAUGUAAAUGUAAAUAAUGAAACAGCUAUAAAUAGAUUCCAUAAAGAAAGUUAAGUUCCCGUAUUCUUCAUUGAUAAAUUAAUGGUGCUUCUCUCCCCUUAAUGAUGCUGUUUGUUGCAAUAUUUGUGUGUACUAUUGUUUGUUAUAUUGUUCUGCUUGUUUGUUGAUGUUAGUAUUUCUAUGAUGUAUAUCUUUGAGCUUAGUUCUUGAGAUAGAAAGAUAGAGAGAGAGAGUUAAAGUGUCUAUACAUAUAGCUGUACCUUAUUUAAGUUCUGCUACAGAGAGAGACAGUUAUGUCUAUAUGUCUAUAGAAUGUAUAACUGAGAGGUGAUAGUAUAAAGAUUUUUUGUUUAUUUUGCUGCUGUCUUAACACAGUUACAAUAUCCAAAUAUCACUAGGAAACAAUACAUACUUAUAAAAAGAUAUAUAUCAAGAUAUGUAAUUAUUUCUACAAUAUGAAAUUGACUUGAUAACUGGAGAAAAGAUGCUUUAAGUGAGGAUUUUUCUGCAGGCUGUCAUGACUCAAAACAGUUUGCAUGGGUACACGCUUUUUUGUGCAAGCUGCUGUUUUUCUUUUUUUCUUUCAUGCUAUCUAUACAGCAAUACUUUCAGUGUCGGGAAUGUAUAAAAAUUAUAUGUUUGUGAGAAAACAGUGGCAUUUAUAUAUAGUUCUAUUAUCAUAUUAAUUUAUAUGGUAGAUUUUGAAAUAUAUUUCUAAAUUUCAUAUCGGAAAAGAUUUUAAGUUUAUAUUUUAGUGUCUGUAUAUUUGUGCAUUCAAGAUGUAAAUUUGUAUCUAAUAGAGUUAUUCCCACUUACACAAAGGCAAAGUUAUCCCCCUUGAGAAGAAUGCUUUUUUGCAAGUACUUCAAAGCAUUUGAAUGGCGUUUAUAUGGUUUUUAUUAUGUCAGGGAAAAAACUCUGCCUUUUGUGUCAGGGGAAAUAACUCUGCCUUUUGUGUCAGGGGAAAUAACUCCACCUUAUAUUUAUGGUAUUUUUGUAUCAAAGAUGUAUAUCUUAGUGAUGUAAACAUAUUGUCCAGAUUUUUACUGCUGAAGAAUUUAUUUUCUAUUGAUGUGCUUUCCAGGAAAUGAAGAAGAAAUAAUUAUAUUUUAAAGCAUUUGAAACGAGCUAUAUUAUUGUCAAAACUAUACAUUUUUUUAAGUUUAUUCAAAAUCUUGGAAGAUUCUUGAUGUUAAUUGGUUUCAGGAAAAACAAGACUGGCCUUUAAAUAUUUGUUGAAUUGAUAUUGUAUAAAAUUGGCAAUUUACUAAGAUAUAAGUGUCAUUUCACCAAACAUUUGCUGAAUUUUUAUAAUGGCCUUAACUUUGUAAGCUUAUGGAUAUUUAUUUUAUUUUCCAAUUUUAUGUUUUUGGAAUGUUUAGUUCAUCAUUUUCAUGAUAUCAAUCUGCAUCUUUUGAAUGCUUUAAAUUAUAUAUAUUUAAUACGAUAAACAAAGCUUUAAUAUGAUCUCAGGGGGGAUAACUCUGCCUGUUGUGUCAGGUCAGGAAUAACUCUGCCUGUUUAGUCUGUGAUGUCAGGACAGAAAUCUCAUUUUUGUCACUAUGAUAAAUUAUAUAUUUUUUUGUAAUAUUACUAGUUCUGUAUAUUUUGAAUCUUUAUGACUGCUGGUGGUCCUUUGUUGUUUAUGCUUUUGUUGUCUCUACUUUUGGUAAUUUGCUGAAUUAUUGGUAACUCACAAUCUACAUAAAACUUGGAUGAAAGAUACUUUCAAAAAAAUCUUUCAUAAUCUUAAAACUCCAUAUGACUUUUUAAGUUGACAUUUAUUUGUUAGAUAUAUAUAUACUGUAGUCAUUGUAUCCCUAUAAAUAUGCAAAUUACCAUGGAGACAUGUGACCUGUGAUGAACUUUGUAUUGUAACAUGUUUAUCAUGUGAUCAUUUUAUGUUAUGCCAAUAUGCAACAAAAAAGUGCUUGCAAAUGAACUCAUAAUUAAAGAAAUUAAAUAUA